CCAAUAUUCGGUUCUGUGGGCUCAGCCAAGUACAUAAACAAAUCGGGUGCUCCAUUCUUUCUUAAACUUCAACCUCUAGAGUUCACUGCAAAAAAUCAGAUCAAGCAGAUUAGAUGAAGAUGAAGUAUGAUGGUGACAAAGAGACCCGUUCAUCUUAAUUCCAAGACUCGGACUCAGUAAGCUACUAUCAGAAACAAAUUGACAUGGUCUUUCCUAGACAUGGUGACAAGUUUGACAUUCAUAUACACCAUAAUAAAUACCAUAUGUUACAAAUUGACAUGGUCUUUCCUAGACAUGGUGCUCCCCUGAUGACUGUUACACAUUCUAUUCUUUUUUUUUCUUUUUUUUUAAAUUUCAAAAGAGUCCUAAUUUUCUUCUCUCUCCAAAAUCCCAUCUUCCCCCAAAAUCCAAAAUCCAAAAUCCCAUCAAACAAACAAAGUGGGGAUUUCUCAAAUUCAGUGCCUUUUUUUUGUUCUAACAUAUCAAUCACACUCCAAAAACUUGAUCAUCACAAUCAUGGCUUCCUUCAAAGUCAAGCAAGAAUAACCCACCACCCAAAACCAAAAAGCUGUCCCCACUGACCCAAACUCUCUUCCUUUUUUGUUUCCCAGAAUGGCCCAGAUUAUCAGAGACAGAGUUUUCGGCUCCUUUGGUGGUUCCAGACGACACAGCAGAGUCCCUAUUCCAAUUCCAAUUCCAGAACCAGAACCAGAACCCGAACGCGUCGUCAUGCCCGUUUACCCGGUCGAAGACCUGCCCAACCCGUUUGGGGACUUGGGCCCGCAUCUCUCCGACUCGGACCUCCGAGAAACCGUCUACGAGAUCCUAGUCGGAGCCUGCCGGAGCUCCGGCCCGAAACCGCUCACCUACACCCCGCAGUCGGAGAAGAUCACCGUAGACCGGAAUUCCCAGUCUUCUUCUUCUUCUUCUUCCUCGCUGUCGUCACUUCAGAGGUCGCUGACGUCAUCGGCGAAGAAGGCUCUGGGUUUGAAGCAAACGGCGUCGUCUAAGAGGCUCGGUGGGAGUAGUAAACGGUCCGGGUCGGUUUUUGAGCUCAUGCGGGUCCAGAUGAGGGUUUCGGAGCAGACCGAUACCCGAAUCAGGAGAGCCCUUCUCAGAGUUGCUGCUGGUCAGCUCGGACGAAAGAUAGAGAGCAUGGUUUUGCCUCUGGAGCUGUUACAGCAUUUCAGGUCGUUAGAUUUUGCGAAUCAGCAGGAGUAUGAAGCUUGGCAGAGGAGGAAUUUGAAGGUUCUUGAAGUGGGACUUAUGGUGUAUCCUCAUAUGCCGUUGGAUAGAAAAGACACCGCUCCUCAACAGCUCCGGAAGAUUAUACGUGGGGCCUUGGAGAAACCCAUGGAAACUGGAAAGAACACCGAGACAAUGCAAGUUCUCCGCAGUCUUGUUAUGUCUCUUGCCUGCAGAUCGUUUGAUGGUACUGUUUCCGACACAUGCCACUGGGCAGAUGGGUUUCCGUUGAAUCUCAGGCUCUACCAAAAGCUCCUGGAAUCAUGUUUUGACCUGAAUGAAGAAACUUCUAUUAUUGAAGAGCUUGAUGAGGUUUUAGAAGUCAUGAAGAAGACCUGGGUAGUCCUUGGAAUAAACCAAAUUCUGCAUAAUCUGUGUUUUGCAUGGGUUUUAUUUCAUCGAUAUGUUACAACUGGCCAAGUGGAUAAUGACCUGCUGUUUGCAGCCAAUAACCUCUUGGCGGAAGUUCAGCAAGAUGCCAAUGCCACAAAAGAUCCAUCUUAUUUGAAGAUCGUAAGUUCAACAUUGAAUGCAAUACUGGGUUGGACUGAGAGAAGGCUUCUUGCCUACCGUGAUGUUUUCAACACUGGCAAUAUUGAGUCGAUGCAAAACAUUGUCUCCCUGGGGGUAUUAUCAGCAAAAGUACUAGUAGAGGAUAUCUCUCACGAGUAUCGUAGGAAGAGAAAAGAAGUUGAUGUGGCACGUGACAGGGUUGACACCUACAUAAGAUCAUCAAUACGCACCGCUUUUGCUCAGAAACUGGAAAAAGUGGGCUCCAACAAGCGCCUGUCAAAGAGCCAAAAGAAUCGUAUUCCUACCUUGUCCGUCCUUGCAACAGAAGUUAGCGAACUGGCCUUUAGUGAGAAAGAUAUAUUUGGUCCAGUGUUGAAGAGAUGGCACCCUUUUGCAACAGGUGUUGCUAUGGCUACGCUGCAUUCUUGCUAUGGAGACAAGCUCAAGCAAUUUGUGGAUGGUAUCAGUGAGUUGACUCCUGAUACUGUACAAGUACUAAAAGCUGCUGACAAAUUGGAGAAAGAUCUUGUGCAGAUUGCUGUCGAAGAUUCAGUAGAUAGUGAGGAUGGCGGGAAAUCCAUCAUACAGGAGAUGCCUCCUUUCGAGGCUGAAGCUGUAAUGGCUGAGCUCGCGAAGGCUUGGAUAAGGACAAGAUUGGACAGGCUGAAGGAAUGGGUUGACAGAAAUCUGCAACUAGAGGUCUGGAAUCCACAAGCGAACAAAGAACGCUUUGCUCCUUCUGCCAUUGAAGUUUUACGCAUUGUAGAUGAAACAUUGGAAGCAUUCUUUAUGUUGCCUAUACCAAUGCAUCCUGGCUUGAUUCCAGAAUUGAAGACUGGUCUUGAUAGAUGUCUUCAAUACUAUGUAUCGAAGGCCAAGACUGGCUGUGGAACCCGAAUUACCUUCAUUCCCACUAUGCCUGCUUUGACUAGAUGUUCAGCGGGAUCAAAAUUUCAUGGUGUAUUCAAGAAGAAGGAAAGGUCACAUAUAAACCAGAGGAGGAAAUCUCAGGUUGGAAGUACAAAUGGGGAUGGUUCGUUUGGGAUUCCGCAACUUUGUGUUCGCAUUAAUACUCUGCAGCGUAUUCGAAUGGAGUUGGGAGUUUUUGAGAAGAGGAUUGUUGCUCAUCUUGGGAACUUGGAAUCCACUCAAAAGGGAGAUUUUGCAAAUGGGAUGGGCAAAAUGUUUGAGCUGUCAGCAUCUGAUUGUUUAGAAGGGAUCCAACAACUUUGUGAGGCAACAGCUUACAAGGUUGUUUUCCAUGAACUAAGUCAUGUUCUUUGGGAUGGCUUGUAUAAUGUGGAUGCUCCCUCAUGUAGAAUUGAGCCUUUUCUUCAGGAACUCGAGCAAUUUUUGGAGAUUAUCUCGUCAACAGUUCACGACAGAGUUAGAACGCGUCUUAUUACGGAUGUCAUGAAAGCUUCUUUUGACGGGUUCUUGUUGGUUUUGCUAGCUGGAGGCCCUUCCCGCAGUUUCACACUGAGAGAUUCUAACAUAAUAGAGGAGGAUUUUAAAUUUCUGACUGAUUUGUUCUGGUCAAACGGGGAUGGAUUACCAGCUGAUUUAAUAGCUAAGUUGUCAACCACUGUUAAGGACAUCCUUCCUCUCUACCGUACUGAUACUGAUAGCCUUAUUGAAAAGUUCAAGCGCGCGACUCUGGAGAACUAUGGCUCGUCUGCGAAGUCCCACCUGCCAUUGCCUCCAACUUCCAAUGAGUGGAAUUCCAAUGACCCAAAUACACUUCUACGUGUCUUAUGUCAUAGGAAUGAUGAGACUGCAGCCAAGUUUCUGAAGAAGACUUACAACUUGCCUACAAAGCUGUAACAACUGUGGUGAUGAAUGACAACAACUGAAUGCAACUAGGGUCAUUUCGGUCUUGCUUAUUACGACAUCACCCCUCAACAGCUCCGGAGAUGAUCUUGUUUUGUCAGAAGAGCUAUUCAAUUGGAGGCAUAAUAUUCACAUGUAUAGUGUAUUUAUUGACCACAAGUAACAUAUGCUUGUUGUUCAGAGCUUAGUUAGUCAGGAAGUUCAAGGGAGCAGUGGACUUCCUUCUUAAUGCAGAGGAUUCAAUAAGGCUUGGAAUUUGUAAUCUUCAAGGGUCGGCGAGUAUUUACUACUAUUCUUUGUUCUGUUGUGUUCAUAAUAAUGCACUUGACGGAAUGUGGUGAGGUCAUUCAGCUUUCUUCUA